AUGGCGCUUGUUCGGGCAAGCAUAUUUUUUCAAGUCAGCCCCGACGGCCCUGCCAGCCGCUACCAGCAACCGCAGAACACUCCCGAAUUUGCCGGCUGCGACGAAACAUUGAGUCCAUGGGCCAUUGCCUGUCGUCAUGGUCGCUUUGAUUUCACUUUUCUUUUUGAGCAUUUUUUUCUGGCCGCCGUAGCACCGGCCAUUUUCUUGCUGCUUCAACAAUUUGCAGUGUGCAACUUCCUGGUAGGGCGCCGAAGUGAAGGCCAGUAUAGCAGUAUACUUCAAAUUGGUUACCUGAUCGCUUUUAGCAGCGGUGCAAGUUGCGACUCUCAUCGAAUUGGAGAGCUGUCGCGACCAUUUGCCUUCCCAAUCCGCGCCACUUCCAUCACCGUGGCAGACUCCCUCACUGUCAUGAUCCAAGCUUGA